AUGCUCAUUGCAAACAUGUACAAAACUAUCGCGGUCAUUGGAGAAGGGUCAUAUGGUGUUGUUUACAAAGCGAUUCGUCUCUCGGACAACAGUGUUGUAGCAAUCAAACAGAUGAGGAUAGGUGAGAGUGGGAUGAGUGCCUCUGCUGUGCGAGAGUUAAGUUUGUUACGGACAAUCAACCACGAGAAUAUAGUAAAAGUGUUAGAUGUUAUAGUAAAUGAUGCGUUAUAUGUCAUUCUCGAGUUCUGUACUGCGGAUUUGCGAGCGUUCCUGAAGGAAAAAGUCUUAUCGAGACAAAUGGCAAUUAAAAUGACACAUCAACUUUUGCUUGCAGUUGGAUACUUACACGAGAAGGGUAUUAUCCACAGAGAUAUCAAACCACACAACAUUCUCAUCACUAAAAAGUGUGAAGUCAAACUCUGUGACUUUGGACUCGCAAAGGAGAACGCAAUACCAAAUCGAUCACAAUGUAAUGAAGUCAUCACCCUUUGGUACCGACCACCUGAACUGAUAUUUGGGCAAACAAAGUAUGGAGCAGAAAUAGAUGUGUGGAGUGUCGGGUGUGUUAUCCCUGAACUCUUUGGGACAAUUCCACUGUUUGCAGCAAACUCUGCUAAAAAGAUUACAACUCUGAUGAACUCGGCUUUUCCAGGGGAGUUGGAGGUGUUUAGUGGGUUGCCACUCUUCAGUGUGUUUGACAGAGACGCUUAUGUGAAAUGGGAUAUGCCAGAUUUUGAUGAAGUGGCCAAAGCACUUGUAAAGAAAAUGGUCGUUGUAAUACCAGAGAAUCGUAUCAAUAUGAAAACAGCUCUUGACGACAUGUUGUUCAAGUAA